GUAUUGUGUACGCUCGUUACAUGAUUGUCUCGAUUGAUCUUAAAAUAAAAGUGAGUGAAAGUCACUAAAAUUAAUUGUUAAAGUAUUAAAUAAUUUAGGGUUGGCCCUGAAUUAAUGUGUAAAUUUACUGUUUUAUAUUUAAAAAAAACGAAAACAUUAUUGAAAAUAAUUUUUUGUAAACUUAAUGAAUGCUAAAACUAAAUUUAAAAUUUAGUUGGAUAGAAUAGAACUGAAAAUAGAAAUGACAAUGAUGGCGACAAUGCAAGCAAACAAAGGCAAAAGGACUUUUAAGCCAGGCUAAGUUAAGCAAUAUUUAUCCCUGCGUAAAUAGUAUUAAAGUAGCCUACAAAAUCAUUUACGACUAAUUAUUAUUUAUUUAAAAAUUGUUAAGAUGCAACAAAGAGUUAUCUUCAGUCACAGUCAAUUCAGUUAGUUGUUGACAGUAAUGACAGGUUGUAUUUUAUAAUUUAUCAUUCUUGUCAUUCUAGUUCUAGGCUGAUGCAUUUCGAAUUUCGCCUGAAUCUGAUAAUUACACAUUUCCCGGCCAUAUAAUAGAUAUAUAUAGAUAUAUAUAUCUAUACACCCACACAUAUAUAAAUAUAUAUAUAUAUAUAAUAUAUAUAUAUAUAUAUAUAUAUAUAUAUAUAUAUAUAUAUAUAUAUAUAUAUAUAUAUAAUUUGUUUAUGGAUUUGUUUGUGGGUUUGUUCCACAAAGGCUUUUACAUGGAUUGAUGGUUCUUAAUCUUAACCAAACUUGGCAAAUAUAUCCAUCAUUGAUAAUUGAUGGCAUCAUUAUCUGGAAGGAGCUCAUAAGGGGUUAUGAACUUUUUUUUAAUGUUCCGUUUGGGGCCGGGGGCCCAGAAUUUGUUUUUUUUUCUUAUUUGAGUCAUAUAAAUAAAAUGACCUACUAAUACUCCUACACUAAUAGAUGGUUAUUGACAAAACUCAGUACACAUACAUAGGGUUGCCAGGUCUGCUUCCAAAAAAAUAGCUGACAAGCGGGGGGGGGGGUUUAAGUAGUUUUUUUUCAUUUUACAAUUAAAGUUAUAUAUUUUCACAUUGAACCUCAAAUGAUGCUACGUUAUUGAGUGUUCCAAACAUACCUAUCCAACUAAAUAGCAUGUAAAUAAUUUUAUAUACUUUUAUUCAAUGUCUUGUAAAACAAUUGAGUAUCAUAGUGGGAUUAAUAAUUUUUUUUGGAGAAUUGAGUUCAAUGGAUAUUCAAUCUAUUUGUCUCAUUCUAACUUAUGAAAAAAGAAGACAAAACGCGAUCCUCCUAUCCUUAUUCUCUUAGACUGUACAGCUUUAGAUUACUUACCAUUUCAUCAUAAAGCUUUUGAAUUUAAAAAAAUGUCCACUAUUUUGUGAAAAAAAAAUAGUGAAAAUAAUGUGUAAAAAGCGGACUGUCCGCUCAAAUAGUGGACACCUUACACAUACACUUGAUAUCCAUAUUCAAAUACCAAAGGGUACUGAACUCAUAAUAUCCAUUCCUCUGUGGCCGGGGGCCCCAUUUCAUUUUUCCUUAUAUAAGCCAUAUAAAUAUCAAUAGGCUUAGGCUUAAUACUCCUACAUGAAUAGAUGCAUCUUGACCAAACUUAGUACAUUUACACUUGAUUACCCAUAUUCAAAUACUGGAAGGUACUGAACUCAUAAUAUCCAUUCUUUUGGGCCGGGGCCCCAUUUUAUUUUCUCCUUAUUGAAGCUAUAUAAAUAUCAAUAGGCUUAGAGAACACUGUAGGUUCUAUGUGAAUUCAUGGAUAUAGGCCUAGUUUGGUAGCAAUGCACUUCAUCGUCCUUAUUGAAAUUUCGGUGGAUUUAAAACUAAGAAUAUAAAAUCUAGAAUUUUCCAGAAAGUUUUAUAACUUUAAAAAGCUAUAUCUAUGGCCUUAUUAAAUAGAUUUUAAUGGGACAAAUUUUAAACUUUAACUCCACAAUUUAUCUGAAUGAUUUUUAUAGCCACCCCACCUCCCCCCAAUCAUUGACAUAGCUAAAAUGGUACUUUAUUAAAUGGGCCCCUACAGAGGUCAUUAUUUCAAUUUAAAUGUACUAUAAUUAUAGUAGUACAAUUUAGUUGUAUAAUAUUUCGCAUUCGAGAAAUAAUCACAUAGAAAAGUAAUUUUUUUACACAUUUCAUGUAGGAUAUUAAAUUUAAUCUAGAAUGCUCCUAAGGUUCUAUAUUGUUCUAUGGGCUAUAUAAUGGGUUCUAAAAGCUUAUCCGAACAAAAUCGCACUGAGCAUGAUCCCUAAGAGCAACAGGAUCCUAAUGGGGAACAAGAUCCAACAGUACAUUGGAACCCAUUGGUUACACGAUCCAAUCGGUGAAUGGGAUCCCAUUGGGAAAUGGGAAUGUGCUGGAAUUGGGGUCCUAAUGCAAUCCCGGGCCGUGCCGGGUAUAUUGGCUAGUAAACUAUAAAAGGUAGUUUUCAAGUUAUAAUUUUUAGGUAAGUAAGCCUAACAUUUCUACUGAGCCACAAAUAAUAUAAUAAACUUAAAAUAAAGUAUUAAUUUUAGGUUUUUGAAUGGUUUUAUAUAUAAUAUCCAGUGCUUUUUUUGUGACGGUAUGCACCGGUACGGCGUACCGGUACCUUUUUCAAUGUGGGGAAAAAAUUAUUACUUUUCUUGUAUUUUAACGUUUAUUAUUAAUUUAUUAUAUUAUUAAUUUGUUAAAAUUGAAUUAUUUUAAAAUUGCAUCUUUGCAGUUGGGAUUUAGCUUGUUUCGAGGUGCGAACUGGUAGUUAAAAGUUAGCCAAUCCAUCACUGAGUACCUUCACCUAUUUUUUUUACAAAAAAAGAGCUGAUAAUAUCUUAAUAUGGUUUGAUAAUAUAUUUAUCUCAUUAUAAAUGAUAUUAUAAAUAAUAUCAUUAUAAAUAAUAUCAUUAUAAAUAUCAUUAUAAAUAAUAUCAUUAUAAUUAUAUUAUUAUAUUGAAUCAUUAGUUUGGACCUGGGCGUUACAUUAAAAUUGAAAAUAAAAGAUUUCAGACACAGUAAUUCAAAUUCAUGCAAAUUAAUCAUUUUUCUUCUUAUGUUUGCUCUGAUUAUAGGCUAUCAGUUCCUUUAAUUGAAAUAAUGGCAGAAAAAUUUAGUCAUCUCUAUUCAGUGUUUGUAGGAAAUCUUCAUGAAGAUGUUUCAGAGGUAAAUGAAUAACCCAAUAUUUAUAAAAAAAAAACAAACCCUUAAUGUAAACCAUUAUUUCUUAUAACCUUAAUAAUGAUGCAUUAUUUAUAUAACAGAGUGGUUAAAAGAUAAACUUGAAAACACAACUUUUUCUUUGAUUGAAUACUUGUGUAGGCCUAUAAAAUAAUAAUUUACAUUUUUGAAAUUGCUUUCAACUAUCAGAAGAAGCUGUACAUUUAUGCCUACCGCCUUUUAGUUCAGAUGGAGCUGUACCAAUUUUUAUUUCAGAAUGAGCUGUGCGACCUUUUUAUGGGGUCUGGAGAGGUUGUCGAUCAUGUUUUGAUCAAAGGAAAAGAUAGAAACAAAUCAAAUUUUGGGUAAGGGUAUAGGACAAAAAUAAUGCAUUAUUAAUGUUAAGGACAGAGUUAAUGUUAUGGUUAGAGUAAAUUACAGCGUAAAAAGGGAAGGGCCAGUUAUUUCAUACUGUGUCUUUAUUUUUACUUAAAAUGACACUUUUGUAACUGUUCAGAACAGGGAUGUCUAGGUCAAAAGGUUCACAUUAAUAUUCCAAUUGUUCAAAAUAAAUCAUUAUCCCUGCAUCAAACACAUUUUUCUGUAUAUACAAGCCAUUUUUAGCAUUUUCAUAUGCUUGUAAAAUGACACAAUCACAUACUAAAUGAACUCAAAGACCAUUAUAAGUAUAUAUUUUCUGACAGUAAAUUGGACAAGGUAUCUUAUAGUAUGAAAAGAAUUUGUUUUUAUAUUAGGUAUGUUGAUACUGACCUUGACCUUUACACAGUGAGUAAAGUUUUACUGCUCAACUUCUGCUUUCAACCCAACCUAAUACUCCAUAAAAUGUUCAAACUGUAAUAAAAUCAAGUUGUUGAAAUACCAGAAGCAAUUUUAUUUGAGAAAAUGUCAAGUAUAGUUACCUAUAUUGUUAUUGUGAUAUUGGUGAAUUGUUUCAUUCACUACCUUUAAAUUUCUGUAAUACAAAAUACAAGGGGGGGGGGGGGCGGGCAUGAAAUGUGUUUUAAAAUUCCUUUUCAAUUGAACUUAUUAAAUCCAUCAUUUUUAUUAAUUAAUACUCCAGAACUACAUAAAAAUUAAGUCUUUGAAUCUCUUUAGUGUGGGUCUUUUAAGUCUUCGGGUUCCAAUUUUUUUCUUUAAAAAAAAAAAGGGGGGGGGGGGGGGGGCGGGCAUGAAAUGUGUUUUAAAAUUCCUUUUCAAUUGAACUUAUUAAAUCCAUCAUUUUUAUUAAUUAAUACUCCAGAACUACAUAAACAUUAAGUCUUUGAAUCUCUUUAGUGUGGGUCUUUUAAGUCUUCGGGAUCCAAUCUUUUUCUUUUCUGAUCGAUUUUCAACCUUUCCCAAUUGAAUUUAUCUGUAACAAUAUGACUAAGCUCAGGGCUAAACCUGUCAAUAUCUGACCCUUAUGUCCUAUCACCGUUAGAGCUAAUAUUGUCACUACUCAUUACCGGCAUGUGGAAUAUCACUGAAAUAAUUGCUUUCAUUUUAAUCCAUUUGAGAUAAGUCCAAUAAAGGACGUCUGUGUUUCUUUUGCCAUUUAAAUGGGGAACCCUCUCCAGCAUCAGAAAUUAUAGUGGUAAAAAAAUCGAGCAAAUUUCACACCUGAUUAAUCCCCCCCCCCCUGAUAAAAUCAUGUUAACACACAGACACGUAAACAGGAAUCCAACUCAUUUAUAGAGAUUGAUUUUUCCUGAACCAAUAGACAUUAAAUCUUUCACAUUUUUAAUGACCAUUUUGCUUGUGACUGUAUCUGAUACAUUAUGACAUUUGUGAGGCAACAUGUCAUAGUUAGUUGUGAGGCAACAUGUCAUAGUUAGUUGUGAGGCAACAUGUCAUAGUUAGUUGUGAGGCAACAUGUCAUAGUUAGUUGUGAGGCAACAUGUCAUAGUUAGUUGUGAGGCAACAUGUCAUAGUAAGUUGUGAGGCAACAUGUCAUAGUUAGUUGUGAGGCAACAUGUCAUAGUUAGUUGUGAGGCAAGCUUCACUUUUCAUUACGUAUUGAACAUUGUCCAAACAGUGGUUCAUAUCAGACCACAAGAAGUAGACCAAUUUGAAAAUCUUACUUUGUUGGUUAUUUCUAUAUUUAAAACCUUAGGUUUGUUCGUUACGCGACCCAAGAAGAAGCUGUGAAAUCCAUCAAAGAUUUCAAUGGCUGGUCAUUUAAAUCACAGCGGAUUAUUGUUGACAUUGCUUCUAACAGUGGACAAAAAUUAAAUUUUGGUUUGUAAUUUUGUCCUUUAUUAUGUAAGCUUUUAACAUUCUAUAACAAGACAUUACAGUUAAGGAGUGUGCCCAGUUAGAAAAUACUUUUAACAUCUAUUUAUAGUUUAUUCUUACAUUAAGGCAAAUUUACAAGUCGUUAUUAAUAGCAAUCUAUAUACUCUCUAGCACAACCUGCAAGAUCUGAUGAGAUGGCAAAGUUAUCUUUUAAUGAUCCACCUCCUUCCUUGUGGAGCACCAGCAGCCAUGACAGUGUCUUGAACUACAACAGGGUCAAGGAAACAUGCUCAUGGGUGACAGAUGAGUUCUUUGCUACAACUCAUGGGGGUAUGUUGGAAUGUCAUGGUGAUAUGCAGAAAUGAAUGUUGGGGGUGAUAUGUAGAAAUGAAUGUUGGUGGUGAUAUGUAGAAAUGAAUGUUGGUGGUGAUAUGUAGAAAUGAAUGUUGGUGGUGAUAUGUAGAAAUGAAUGUUGGUGGUGAUAUGUAGAAAUGAAUGUUGGGGGUGAUAUGUAGAAAUGAAUGUUGGUGGUGAUAUGUAGAAAUGAAUGUUGGGGGUGAUAUGUAGAAAUGAAUGUUGGUGGUGAUAUGUAGCAAUGAAUGUUGGUGGUGACAUAUUUAUAUUGUUUUUGAAACUCCUUCAUUUAUCAAGUAGUUCAAACAAAUAAAUAAACAAUAUAAAAAUAACUUGACCAUUUAAAAAUAAUUGAAAAUAACACAUUUGUAUAAACUCAAAGAGGUCAAGGGACAUCUAAAUUUCUACUGUUCCUCUCCAAAUAAGUGUAGAAUGAUGCAAAACUAACUUCAGGUUUGUGCAUAGUGCAGCUCUUCAUUUUGAAUUUUCAAAAAAAAAAAGUCAGGGAUGCGGUGAAUGAUGUUCUUGUACAGACAAAAGUAGGAUUUUCCUUAUGUUUGGAAUAAAUAUAUAUAGUUGAACCAUGUAGAUUCAAGGGGCGAAACUAGCUGGGCCGAAAGUCGCACCUCCUGAUGUUUCAAAAACUAGUUUGAAUUUAUGUUUAUUGCCGGGGGCGCCAGAGUCAGAGAUGGCCGCCAGAGUCAGAGAUGGCCGCCAGAGUCAGAGAUGGCCGCCAGAGUCAGAGAUUUCUGUGGUCAUCAUAAUGCCUUUUUAUCCCGAAUGCUUAUAAUCCCCCCUCCCCAUAAAAUGUACUAAAAGAAACACUUGUCACACACAAACACAUGGACCAACCUGGGCUCCAAAUACUUUUCCUAAAGUUACGUCGGCCUAACAAGCUAUAGGUUUAUAAGGCAAGGACCACUUAUUCCAAAAGAAUUUCCCCAAUGCUAACAUGUAUAUACAAUAUAGAACAUAUCAUAAUAUUAUCAUACAGUUAAGUAAUCUAUAUGAUGAAACAAAUCAUUGUGGUGACCAACAGGUAUCUGUAACACAGAACAUAUCAUCAAUGAUCUAGACAAAAAAGAAAAGGCGACCCUUCUACCCGUUCCACUGAUAAAGCCAACUGGUACCACUUCCUACAGAAUGGUCAUCAAAAGCCUCAAGGACUGGUCAGUGCAUUGUUACUUACCUGUCUUUUCAAGGUUGGAUUUAUAGAGUUUCAUUGUCUUUGAUUUAAGAAUGAAUUUAAACCUUUAAUGAACUUUUAAAGUAUGUAUUAUUAGCCAGAUCCUAAACUAAAUCAGUUAUAAAAAUAUGUUUUCUUUUCCAGGGAGAGCUCCUUGAACAUCCCACCAGACCAGAGUUCUAGCUCUUCUGUACAGAACCAUUAUAAUAUCAUUCUGGAGGAGGUACAAAGGUAUCUGAAGCCCUUGUCUGCUUUAGAUGAAUCUCCUGUGUGCCAACGAGGAGGCAAUAACUCACCUGUUGGUCAGUUGGGAGAAUUUAACUCACCUGUAGGUCAGUCAGGAGAUGAUCACUCAACUGUUCCGCCAGGAGACAAUUACUCUCCUGUAGGCCAGGCAGAAGAUAUUAAUAACUCACCUGUAGGUCAGUCGGGAGAAUUUAACUCACCUGUCGGUCAAUCAGGAGAUGAUAACUCAACUGUACCGCCUGGAGACAAUAACUCACCAUUAGGCCUGGAAAAAGAUAUUAAUAACUCACCUGUAGGUAAGUCGGGAGACAAUAACUCGCCCCAGUCAGGAUAUAUUAAAAACGCACCUGGUGUCCAGUUAGAAGACCAUCACUCGCCUGUAAAUGAGUCAGGAGACAAUAUCUCACCUGUGGGCCUGUCGGCAGAUAUCAAUAACUCACCUGUAACUGUAAGUUACAUUAAUAAAUCAUCUGAAGGCCAAUUACCAGAAGCCAAAAGACCUAUUACUUGCCCAGCCACUGACCCCAAGAUGCCAGAGCUAAUAUCUCAUGAUAACUCAAAUAAUAUAAUGGUAUUAAUGAAACAACGCUUUCUCCUAGCAACCCAUUUGGUCACUUCGCCAAGACCAACAUGCUCCCCUCACAUGAGUGGUCCUGCUCAAUUUCCAGCACCCCCUUUGUUUCCCCCACCCCAGCCGCCUACCUCAUCCCCGUGUACAUCAUUGGUACAGCCUGAAAAGGCAGAUGGACAUCGUCCAAGCAUAUCUUCAGCUGUACCAUCUUGUCAAGUUUUGUUAGAUUUCAGAAGUAGCAUGCGGGACAGGAUGAGAUCCCCUGCACAUGUCACUAAGGAUUGUAAGACUUUGAGAAGCACUGCUGCAGAGAAUGUCCACUUUGUAGCAGAAGAAAGGGAUGAAAGUGGCUGGACGUUUGAUAAAGAGGAGUUGUGUACAAACAAAGACCAAUGGGCUAGGAUGGCCUUUGAGGCCAACUGCUUCCAGUGAUCUCUCAGUUGUGUCCCAGUAGCAAGGUAUUCAAACUGUUUUCUGUUAUGUCUAUAAUAGUAAGUGGUCAUCUUGCAGCAGCUAUGUCUGAUAGUAUGUGGUCAUCUGGUAGCAUCUAUGUCUGCUAGUAAGUGGUCAUCUUGUAGCAGCGAUGUCUGAUAGUAUGUGG